AAGUUUUCUCUGUCUGCACUGAGGUUAUAAAAGGUUGUAGGCUCAGACAGGGUCAGUACAUAACUGUGGUGAUUUCAAGAGGUGGCUUAACCAAGCCACACUUUGUCAGGCCAGUCAUAAUCAGGCCAGGCAAGGAAGAAAUCAAAGAAGGCAAAAUAAGAGAGAGAAAACCAAGUGAACAGAGCCAGAAAUAGAAGGAAAGAGAGUCAGGCGAGCCAAGCAAAGAAAGACACAGGCAAGUGGAGCCAAGCAAGGAAACAUCCACUGAAGCCAAGCAAGUAAAGAGAAAAGCUAGGCAGGCCAACUCCUGAGUAAAGACUCAGGUAAACCAAGCAGAGCAAACAAAAGAAAACCAACAAAGUCAAGCCAAGUGUUGCUGGAACAGCAGAAGUCUGCAACAUGUCUGAGACUGAGUCUGAGUCUGAGCACUCUGGUGAGACCUCAAACGCAAAGGAGGCUAAGGCCAAAAUCACCCGCUCUUCCCGGGCUGGGCUACUGUUCUCUGUCAGUCGCAUAGACAGACUGCUCCGCAAAGGACAGUUUGCAGACCGUGUUGGAGCUGGAGCCCCAGUAUAUAUGGCCGCGGUGCUUCAAUACCUGACUCACGAGAUUGUGGAUAUUGCUGGGGAAGUCGCUGCACGCAGCAAGAAGCAUCGGAUUUCCCCACGGCACUUGCAGCUGCCCAUCCACAGCGACUCAGAGCUCAAGAAACUGCUGGGAGGUGUCACCAUCUCUCAGGGCGGGGUCCUGCCCUUAAAUCAGCCUGUGAUUUUACCUUCCAAGAAGAGGAAUGGCAGGAGAGCCAUCAAGAGAAGGAUUGCCCCUGCUCCUGUCCCUGUUAAAUGAGAACAGAGCAAAAGGAAGAUUGCGACCCCAGAUUUGGGAGAAAUGACAUUAACUUGAUUGCAAGGCUCUUUUCAAAUGCACCAGUAUGGUCUAAUAAAAGCAGUU